UGGCUCGGUUUCUGUCGACGUGGGAAAAGCGGCGCAAGAGCAAACAACGCUCAAUCUACGGGUGUAUGCGCUUGACAUGAUACGAGUGGCAUGCGAGAGGACGCGGAUCUCUGAAGACAAAUUCCAGCAUGUGGCUCAAACCCGAAGAGGUGCUUCUCAAAAACGCGCUGAAAUUAUGGGUGACGGAGAAAUCCAAUGAUUACUUCGUGCUGCAGCGCAGACGCGGAUACGGAGAGGACAGCGGGGGAUUGACAGGCUUGCUGGUCGGAACCUUGGACACAGUUCUUGACUCCACAGCCAAAGUGGCCCCGUUUCGCAUUUUACACCAGACACCCGACUCUCAGGUGUACUGGACUAUCGCCUGUGGAGCAUCUAUAGAGGAGAUCUCGCAGCACUGGGACUGGCUGCAGCAGAACAUCGUCAGAACUCUCUCUGUGUUCGACUCUGGGGAAGACAUCACCAGUUUUGUUCAGGGGAAGAUAAGGGGUCUGAUAGCAGAGGAAGGCACAUCUGCAGGUGAUGAGGAGGAUCCUGAGCGCUUCCGGGAGGCAGUGCUGCGCUUUGAACGCCUGUUCGGUUUGCCACAGAGAGAAAAGCUUGUGACAUAUUUCUCAUGCAGCUACUGGAGAGGACGGGUGCCGAACCAGGGCUGGAUCUACCUCAGCACCAACUUCCUGUGUUUUUACUCCUAUAUGCUUGGAAAUGAAGUGAAACUGGUGUAUCCGUGGGAUGAAGUGAGUCGUCUGGAACGCACGUCGAGUGUUUUAUUGGCAGAGAGUAUCCGUGUGCGAGUGCGUGGAGAGGAUCAUUUCUUCUCGAUGCUUCUGAGGCUGCAACAGACAUACCUGAUCAUGCAGCAGCUGGCCGACUACGCCAUUGUCCGCUUCUUCGAUAAAGAAACAUUUCAUGCUGAACAUCCACUAGCCAACCCCCUUCACAUCACACAGAGGGCUUUGGAAAUACAUGCGAGGAAUCAGUCUUUCCGAUCGUUUUUCCGGUUGCCGCAGGAGGAGAACCUUUGUGAAGUGUAUGAGAGUUUCCUCUGGGUGCCGUUUAGUCACGUCAACACUCUUGGAAAAAUCUGUGUCUCGGAAAACUAUCUGUGCUUUGCAAGCCAGGAUGGGUCUCAGUGCCAUCUCAUAAUACCUCUUUGGGAGGUGUACAGUGUGGAGCUUCCAGACCGCAGUAGUCGAGCUCUGACUGUGUGCCUUCGAGGCAAGAGAGCUUUGCGUUUCUCUGAGGUUCGGGAUUUUGAGCGACUUGCUGCCACCAUCCGCAGAAAGUGUGGGACAUUGGGGAGCCCUCAGCACUGCAUCACUAAUCCGGUAAUUCAUUUAAACCCCAGCUUUAAAAAAAAAACUAUUUGUUUUAAUAUUAAUAUUUAGUAUUUAAUAUUAUUUUGUAAUAAUUGUGUUUUUUUUUCUCUCUCUGAGGAUGAGGAAGGUGUGAUGGUGGGACAAAGUCAAGCUGUCAGCACUGAAGCUCUAAUGAACGUCUUUCAUCCACAUGAUGCUGAAAACCUUGACCCCAAAAUGCUGAAGGAGCGAAUGAAGGAGCAGUCGUGGCAGAUCCACUUUGCUGAAUAUGGGCGUGGAACUGGAAUGUUUUGCACCAAAAAAACACGUGACCUCAUUGUGCGAGGAGUUCCAGAGACUCUCAGAGGAGAACUGUGGAUGCUCUUCUCAGGCGCAGUACAUGACAUGAUCUCUCACCCCGGGUAUUACGGGCGGCUGCUGGAGGAUUGUAUGGGAAGCAGCUCACUCGCGUGUGAUGAGAUUGAGAGAGAUCUGCAUCGCUCUCUCCCAGAACACCCAGCAUUCCAGAGCGACACGGGAAUAUCAGCUCUUCGCCGCGUCCUCACUGCCUAUGCUCACCGCAACCCCAAAAUCGGCUACUGCCAGGCGAUGAAUAUCCUGACAUCAGUGUUGCUGCUGUAUGCUAAAGAAGAGGAGGCCUUCUGGCUACUGGUGGCCGUGUGUGAAAGGAUGCUCCCGGACUACUUCAAUCGCAGAAUUAUCGGUGCUCUGGUGGACCAGGCCGUAUUUGAGGAGCUGAUCCGUGAACAUCUCACCCAGCUGACUGAACACAUGACAGACCUGUCCUUCUUCUCGUCUGUGUCUUUAUCGUGGUUUCUGACCCUCUUCAUCAGUGUGCUGCCAAUAGAGAGCGCUGUGAACGUGGUCGACUGUUUCUUCUAUGAUGGAAUCAAAGCCAUCCUGCAGCUGGGCCUCGCUGUCCUCGACUACAACAUGGACAAUCUGCUCUGCUGCAAUGACGACGCAGAAGCCGUCACCGUCCUUAACAGGUUUUUUGACAGCGUCACAAAUAAAGACAGUCCCCUGCCAGCAACUGUUCAGCAGGCAUCUGCAACAGCCAACGACAAAUCAAUACAAAAGGUUGACAUCAGUGACCUCAUCAAAGAGGCAUAUGAGAAAUAUGGAGACAUUCGAACAGAGGAAGUGGAAAACAUGCGGAAGAGGAACAAGCUUUAUGUCAUUCAGACACUUGAAGACACAACAAAACAAAAUGUAUUGCGUGUUGUUGCUCAGGAUGUGAAAUUCAGUGCUUCUCAGCUGGACGAGCUCUACUUGCUUUUUAAGAGGCAGCAUUUUGUGUGCUGUUACUGGUCAGUGUGUAGUCCUGCCCUGCAGAACCAUGACCCCAGCCUGCCAUAUCUGGACCAGUAUCAGCUGGACCAGUCCCAGUUUAGCAGCCUGUUUAACCUCCUGCAGCCGUGGACCACACACACACACUUGCGCUCUCUGGCACGGUCAGCCUUCCAUCUUCUGGAUGAGAAUGGAGAUGGACUUGUGAACUUUAAGGAAUUCAUCUGCGGCCUGGAUAUAUUAUACAACAGAUCAUUCACAGAAAAACUGAAACUUCUCUUCAAACUGCACCUUCAGCCAGACUCUGCAGAGGACGGAGUGAUCAGAAAAUGUCCAGAGAGAGGUCGUGCUAAAGUAGAUCUGCAGGAGUAUCUGAAACAGUGGCAGGAGGACUUACAGCGGAGAGAGGAGAAUAUUAAAGAUCUGCCCAGAAUUAAUCAGGUGCAGUUCAUUAGUUUGACCAAGACUCUGUACAGCGUUUUCCAUGGCGAUGAGGAGGAGGAGAGCCUUUACCGAGCUGUGGCACGAGUGACCAGUCUUCUCUUGCGCAUGGAGGAAGUGGGACGGAAACUACAGGACGGCAGCCCACAGAAAACACCCCAAACUACACCCACCAGCACAUCCCAGCCAGAAUCCUCCCCAUCAAAACCCACCAGCCCUGAACCCGAGACCCCCGCUAAGAGUCAAAGCACCCACGACCAACCCGAGUCUCCUAUCAGUCAACACGAAACUGCCCCAUCCCACUCUGACAUCACUCCGAACUCAACCUCGCACCCUUCCACACCCACCAGCAGUCCCACCGAAACCAGCAGCCCGGUGCUGGACACACCAACAGACACCCCCAGCUCGCCCUGCACGGUCAGAGACGGAGACUGGAGUUUCUCCUUCGAGCAGAUUUUGGCUUCUCUCCUGAAUGAACCGUCUGUCGUUCGCUUCUUUGAACGGGUCGUUGACACGGACACUCUGAUCACGCGCGCACGCAAAAACCAGCUCAAAGACGCACACUAAUGCACACUUUCAGAGCAAUCACAGCAAAACACUGCCCUAAAAGCCAUAAACACUCUUCUUUCUUUGUUUUUGCAACUACUAAAGGUCAGUGUGUGUGAAACACUUGUGUCCGCUACCAAUCAUUCUAUUUCUUUACAGACGCACAUGUGCUGGACAAGUACUGAAAAAGGGAAAGAGGUGAGGUCAAAAGUGAGCGAAAGUAUUUUUAUGUAACAUAAAUGAUUCGUGUUAGAUGUUUAUUUGUGUAAUUUAGAUGAUUGGUGUGAGAUAUUGUGUUUAUAUUGUUAGUGAGGGAAUUAUACAUACACACACACCACUGAACGUAGUAUAUUAUUAUGAAUGAUAACACGUGUGAUUUGGGAGGAAGGCCUACUUUAGCUAUUCAGUAAUCACUCAUUCCCCACCUGCCCUAAUACACAUAUGCACAUAUAGGACCACAAAAGAAAGGAUGAAUCCAAGGGAAAUCAAAAUGCUAUGCUGUUGAUCUGCUGAAAACUAUAUCGUUUUAAAACUCAUCAUGACUAAUUACACAUCCGUCGCCUUACAUUAUUUAUGCUGCUCCGGUGAUCUUGGAAAUGAAACUUGUUGUUGUUUCUGUAGAAGCUUGAUUAGAAACGCCCAGAUUGACAUUAUGCUAAUCAGGAGGCGGAGUUUAGUCCAAAUCAUUUCACAUUCCACAGCAUUGAAGGUCUGUGUUAGGAUUCCAGAUUAUAUCUGUUUAAUUCUGAUUUACUGAAUGUGUUUGUGUCUACAAACCGGAAUCUGUGCUUUAUGCCUUAUUAGUUCUUGAUUCAGGUCUUCAGUACGAAUAUCACAAGUGCUUCCAUUUAACAUUUUUCCUCUUGUUGAUAACACUAAGCAUUUAUUUAAAUCAUUUCGAAAAUUAGUUUAUCAAUUUGUUUGAGUUUUAUCACAGAACAAGAUAUUUUCUGGCGUAAUUUUACAGAUGAAUUAAAAAUAUAUAUCAUAGGGAACAUACUGAAAUGCUUUAGCAAGAAAAUAAUGUUAACUAUUGUGCUGUAAAUUAUAUGCAAAGUCAGUUCAUGUAAUCAGUAGGAUCAUUAAGUGACAAAUCACCAAUCAUAAGUAAGAGACAUUGUAUGAUGCUUUAAACCAAUGGUCUCAAACUCAAUUCCUGGAGGGCCGCAGCUCUGCAUAGUUUAGCUCCCAUCACCUAAAUCUCUCAGCUAGUCUCUAGCAGUCUUGAACACCUUGAUUAUUUGGUUGAGCUGUGUUUGAUUAGGGUUGGAGCAAAACUGUGCAGAGCUGCGGCCCUCCAGGAAUCCAGUUUGAGACCUGUGCUUUAAACAGACCAAUGAAUAUGCAGAAUUGUUCUUGUGUAAGUGUUGAGAGCUUGAUGAAUGCAGGAAUGUCUGUUUUUGUUUUGUGGUUAUUCUGUGUGCCGCUGCGUCAGCUCUAAACCAGCGAAACUGUUUUUGUUAUGUGCGUGAUGCAGUAGUUGUGUUCUUUUAAAGCUAAAGACACCUUAGAGUAGUGAGGAUUUUUCCGUUAAUUUGACUGAGCAGAAAGAUGCUGUUUUGGUUUUGCAUUCUUGCACAAGAAAUAGAGAGAGGGAAAGAGAAAACUAAAACACUUUGCUGAAGGAAUUGCAUUGAAAAUUUAAUUAUUAUUAUGUGUCCCAUCUUCUCUGAGUCGCUCUCUUGCUGUAUUUGUUGUAUUACAUGUGCUGCAGGGUAAUAAUGUGGUCAUUUUUUUUACUUAAUUUUUUUAUUUCUGUUUUUGUCUAAAAGAUUUCUCUUUGUUAUAAUCUGUUUGUGCCUCAUAAAUUGUCACAUUUAUGGAAGUUUAAUUAUAAAAUAAAAUGUGCUG